AUGGCCGACUACUACGACGAACACGAUUCCUAUGGCUACGAUGAUGAUAUCGGACCUGCUUCGCCAACAAUGUCGGCUCACAAUGCUGCUGCAAAUGGCUUAGGCUCUCUUGCAGAUGAGCUGGCUGCUGCAUGGUCAGAUGAGGAGGGCGAUGAGAUGGACGGCGAAGAUGGCGAUGUACCCCGCUCACCGACCACCCCUAGGUCACCUACCCACCGCCGACACGCAUCAAUAUCGUCCGUAGGAUCGGCCAGCAGCCAGAGAAGACGGUUCGCUAGACUAUCGAACGACACAGCGAGCAGCAUGGUUUCUAACGGCACCUCUGCUACAUCGGCUACAAAUGCCAGCAAACCUAUGAUCAGGCAUCAUAGGCGGAUGUCGAGUUCAGCGACAGUGGAAAUUAAUGGAAAUCACGAUGGUAUCCCAUCAUCAUUGGAAGAUAAAAUGGAGCAAAUCGAGUCUGAGGCUCUAAGGGGUUUAUCAAUGGUUAAGGCAUGGUCCAGGAGGCAACGGGCAGGGAUCUUGAAGCGAAGACCAGGGAUUAAUGGGAUGGUGGAUAGCGAAGAGAUCGAGGAAGAUGAUGACCCGAUCUGCAGGCUACUAGAGGGGUUGCAGAAUCUGAGCAGCCAGAGUGGGAUUGAGACGGGGACACAGCGGCUUAUUACCGCCCACAACUCUCUUUCCACCCACGUCCAAAACCAAUCUCGUACACUCCGUGAUUUAUCACUGCAAUUAAACGCCCCUGGAACAACCGUCACGACUGCUGCACCUCGCCUAAGCACUCAGCCCAUCACAAUAUCUUCAAAGGGUGCUGUUUCCGAUGACGAAGAUGAAGACGACGAUAAAGAGGAUGACGACGACACGACACCUCUGUUCGCAAAUUUACUCUCUACAGUUCCAACACCCACAAUCCAACCUCUCCAGGACCUCCAAAACAUCCACCAGUUGACCGUUCAGCUGAUCUCCCACUUCGCCGGUUUGUCGGAUGCGAUACAUAUGUUCAAACAACAGUCGAAUGCUGCCAGUCGAAAAUUACGUGGCGCGAAAGAGGCCAUUAGAGAAUAUAAGCUUGAAGUUGAAACCGUCGAGCAGGCGAGGCAGUGGAUCGACGAAGGUGAUUGGGACCGACGGCUUGACAAUCGAGAAGCCGCUGGAGUCUGCCGAGAGGUCCUUGGUGGCUUUGAGGAUGUUAUCCGAAACAUGGAAAGACGAAUCGAAGGGCUUUGUUAG